CGGCGACGACGACGGCGACGACGACGACGACCGAUAUCCUCUCUCUCUCUGUGCGCAUUUGAAGAUCGGACUCGAAGAAGAAGAAGAAGAAGAGGAAGCGGCCUGUCGAGCCAACGUCGGACGGCGAUGAGAGGGAUGCUGGAUGAGGUGGCGGCGUCUGGAUCGUCGAUCCAAGGCUCGGUUUCUUCUUCGUCGACGUCGUCGUCGGCCGCGUCCUCGUCGUCGCCGUCGUUCUUCACCAACUACGCCCUCAUCUCCGCCCUCGCCGCCUUCACCAUCGCUCAGUCCAUCAAGUUCUUCACCUCCUGGUAUAAGGAAAGGAGAUGGGAUCUCAAACGGCUCGUUGGAUCUGGAGGGAUGCCGUCUUCUCAUUCUGCGACCGUAACCGCUCUUGCGGCGGCGAUUGGGUUUCAAGAUGGCUUUGGAGGAACAACAUUUGCCACCGCAUUGAUCUUAGCAUUGGUGGUGAUGUAUGAUGCAACUGGUGUUCGGUUACAGGCUGGACGUCAGGCAGAGGUGUUAAAUCAAAUUGUGUAUGAACUUCCUGCUGAGCAUCCCCUUGCCGAGAGCAGGCCACUGCGCGAACUUCUAGGCCAUACUCCUCCUCAGGUCGUCGCCGGCGGGUUUCUCGGAAUUAUUACUGCAUCUCUAGGGCAUAUGAUCUUCCUGGUAUGCAGUUGAUGUUAUCCAUCAGGUGAUUGUGCAGAAAUCCGAAGCAUCGCGCUUCUACAUCUUCGACCACGACUCAAGCCGAGGUCACGGAUGAAAGGAUGUCCAAGCACAUUCCCUCCUUUCUCAUACAUGCGUUUCUUAAUGCCUUAAUUCAGCAUUUGUUCCUGAUGAACUGGACACUGUAAAAAUAGUACAAAAUGAAAGAUUCAAUACAAGUUACGUCUGAUAUGGUGUCGAA